AUGCGCCUCGCCGUACUCUCCGCCCUCGCAAUUGUCGCGGUCGCGGAUCCCUCCUGGUGGUAUUUCGACGCGUGGGAUGGGUUGAGCUGCGGAGCUAUGCCACAAAAUGGACAAAUUUUCUUUUCCACAGAAGGCACUACAGAAGAUUUUGAAGACGAAGCUUGCGUCAAUCUUGAUGAGGAUCAGAGAGCCUAUUCCUACGCUGCUACCUUCACCGAGAACGAUGUGCAGUUAAAGGGCUUCCUCCGCGAAGACUGCGAAGGACCGGGCAAAGCUCUUUGGAACAACACGUGCAUGAACCCGAGCAUUAAAGUCCCUUACAUCCGCUCAUGGAGGAUUAUGAAGUCCGACUAA